CAAGGCUGAUUCAAGCACACACAGCAUAGAACAACAUGGCUGCUGUAGGCAGCUUAGUGAACAGUUUGGCUUGUUUCUGGAGACAGCCAUGUACCCGUGCUUAUUUACCGCACUUGUUCUUUUGUAUCUCGUUUACGGGAUCAGUUUUGAAAAUGAUGGACCUCGUGCCGGAGAGCUACUUCAGUAGCAGUAGGAAUGUUUUAAAUCUAUAUUUUGUGAAAGUUUCUUGGGGUUGGACUAUUGUUUUGCUUCUGCCAUUCAUCCUUUACUCCAACUCUUACAACAAAAGCCACAGAUUUGUGUUGAGGCGGCUUACAUCACUACUGGUAGCAACUCUCAUUUGGUACACCUGCACUGAGACUUUUUUCUACAUUGAAGAAGUUACAGGUUCAUGUAAAGAGCCAGAAAACAUGCAAGGCACCCUUGGUGGUGACAUUACCACAAAGGCGGCAUGCAGGGAGGCUGGAUUCAUCUGGGAUGGAUUUGACAUAUCUGGACACUCCUUCAUCUUGACUUACUCUUCUCUUGUGAUUGUGGAGGAAAUGGUGCCCAUGUUACACAUAACUGAUGUUAGCAGAAACGCUCCCCUUGAUUAUCUUUAUAUAGCACUUAAUGCGAUUGUAGUCAUCUGGGUAUGGAUGUUCGGAUGCACUUCUGUGUAUUUCCAUGAUAUUAUCGACAAGAUUCUAGGGACCUUGUGUGGGAUAUUAGGUUGGUACGUGACCUACGUUGUUUGGUACCCAUUUCCUAUUUCUCCAGGUCUUCCUCCACAGCAGAAACAACAUGCUUAGUGUGAGAAAUAAAUAGAACAAGAGCACUACAACAAGCUUCACAUAUCUGCACUGUUUAUGUUAUGUGAGAUCUAUGAUGGGAAUUAGCCAUCCAUGUGGAGCAGAAGGCAGCUGGUGUUCCCAAAAUGACAAUCUGUAAUCUGAGAAGUCACAUCUGAACCUUAUUGUUGCCUUCAAAAGUUGUGUGGCUUUAUACAAAGCUGGAAUAGAACACCUGACAGUAAAUGUAGAUUAUACAUUAGUCUGCUGCUAACCUUGCCUCCUGUAAUCAAUCUGCAAUCUUCAUCUGAGCUGCCUUUUUUAACAGUAAAUAUUUAGACUUUGUCCCUUGAAAUUAAUAUUUUUAACAAUUUUGUGUUAAUUAAUUUUUUUGUUUCGUUUUUGGAAGCCAGAGAGUUGCUUCAGAAUGCGUUUGUUAUAUACUUGCAUUGUGUUUUAAUAGGACCAUUUCAUGUGUUCUGCUUGAAGGCCAAACUGUUCAUUCGUGUGCCACUGUUAGAUUCGUUAUUUGCAGUUGUUGUCAUUCCUCAUAUGAAUGUCAAAAGUCUGAUCAGUUUACAAGAUGAUAGAUGUGUUCUUGAAACCUAAAACGAUUUCAAAUGUAUUGUUUUGGAAUAACACUAUCUGGGGACUGGAUUUGUUGUUUAAGUGAUACUUUUACACUCGGGAUUUGUCCCGAGCUUUACCAGUUGGGGCCGUGUCUGAGAAACGUGGUGGAAUUUGUGGAAUGUUAUUUUAGUGACAUUGUCAGUCAGUUUUAUUUAUUUACAACAAAAUAAGCUAACUGUCUGCACAAAAUAUAAUCGCAUUUGAAUAUAACAAUAAUAUAGGCCUAAUAUUAAAACGAGUUUUUAAUUAAUUGACUUCAUCGAUUAAUUAAAAACAUUGAACUGUAUAAUAAACCUGAAGCACAUUCAUUGUGUUUUAUUUUAGAAAAAGAGUUUUAAAACCUAGAUGUAUUUUGUGUAGGCCUAGUUGUGACUUGAAAGCACCACGUCGUAAACACGACUUCCCAACUCGUAGGCUUGCGAACUUCCCAGGAAGACUUGAAUGUACUAUUUAUCUGGUUAUAACUAUCUUUUGCAUGUUUGAGGAACAUUGAAAAUUAGUUAUAAAUUUUCAAACAUUCUAACAUACAAAUGAUGGAACACUCUGGUUUAUGAGGGCACAUCCAUUUGUCAUCAUCAAUUAAAAUAUAUUGGUGAUUAUCAUUGUAAUAAUGUUUGUUGUAAUAGGCUACAUCAGUAUUUCAAAGAAAGCAAGCGCAGACAUGUCAUUGAACUACCCAUUUCAACUGAGGUGUAUUUUUAUUAUUUACUUCAUUAUGAUGCUUGAAUGAAUAAAUGUCUUUGAAUUGA